AUGGCUCUCGAAGCUCCAUUGAGAUCAUCAACUGGAAGUAUAAUAUCCGCUUUCUCGCCUCACAUGGAGCUAUCUGUAUCUUCGCCAGAGUCCUCUGCUGCUCCUCAUUCACAAUUCCGUCCAAUGUCUACCAGCGCGAUAGAAGCAGGUUCGCUACGGCCAUCAUCGGCCGCUCCUAGGCCGGCCUCCACCAAUAAUUUCCUCAUGAGCCCGAGCGAUGUAGUCGGCCCUUCGCCAGUGACGUCCGUUGGUACGGAAGUAACGGAGAUCGAAGAUGAAAUGUCUGAUGAGGUUCGAUCCCAACCUACCGCUGCGAACCCUGAUCCGCAACCUCAGUUGUUAAUGCUUAGAACGAAUAUUCCUGAUCAAGUACGGCAAACAGCAAACGAGGAAGCGGUCUCAGUCAUACAUGCCCCAGAGAGCUUCCAGAGUUGGUCCACUGCCAACAAUUCGCCAAAACAAUCGGAAUCGAGCCAAAAGUCAUCCCCGGAUUUAUCCUCAUCUCCUACUAGACCCGAAGACACCACCCUACCACCGACGAAUGCUCAUCAUACUCCAGAGGUAAAGCGAUCACUAUAUGGUGUCAGUACAUUAAACUCACAGAUACAGGCUAAAUCUCCUGCUCCGCCCCCUCUUUCUACCGAUGUCAAACCCGUCCGGUAUAGUCUGGAAAGUGCGACACCCAGAGCUCAGAAUCUACAGGAUGUGUUGAAUGAUUCUUCAAGAAUACGAUCUAGUAGCGCUAGUAGCCUCGAACUUAUACCAGAGAGUAGGGAGCCUGAGACAGACGCAGAACCUGACCUAGAAAGUUACGAUGAAGAGGAGUAUGUCACGCCUGUUCGAGAGCAGGAUAAUGAAGGUGCAGAAAUCAGAUCUUUGCAGACCGCCUUGCAAGAAUGCUGGACCUUAUGCAAUACCCUGGCCGGCCUUAGCACGCACCACCGAGAACGUGUAUUUAAUUCGUCGGGUACCCCCGACGGCCAUGAGCGAGCUUGGAAAUGCUGUUGGAAAUUAUGUCAACGACUAUACGAUAACCGCAAUGAGCCCGAUGAGUCUUUCAACGUUCGCCAAAACUUAGAUCUGUGCCGGGAUUUCUGCCAGUCUCUCUUCGAUGUACGACAACGCAAGGAUGAAAUAGCAGAUUCUGUUUUGCGUGUGAGCUUUGAGCUCAACAAUCAUCUGUACAGCGCACAAGACACAAGAAUGCUCCCGGAGGCAUUCCGAGAGCGAACUCUAGACUUUUACAUUACGUUGUGCCAUCGACUCAUGAAGCAGAGGGGCGAGCUAGGAGAAGAAACAGAUUCGCUUCUUUCUGCUUGUUGGUCACUUGCUGAGAUGCUAUUUAGCUUACGUCAAAACAAGAGGGAUGGGAAAUCUCCAGAUGAGGAGCUACUCGGAUCGGCAGUCCAAGCAUGCUGGGAGCUUUGUGAUAUAUUUAGGGAAGGAUGGACACAGAUCCGCCCAGACAGGGGGACACCAAGACCAAACCAGACAAAUUUCUUCACGUAUAGUCGUGAGCGAGAGGCGGCCGAGCUGACGGAAGGUCGAGAGAGUCGGGCUUCGAAUCGCUCUAAGGCCGGUAGUCUCAAGAACCAUGCUCCGCAAGGAAGUACGAAAACGUCACGAAAGCCACCUCCAGUACCGGAAACGCCGGUUACCGAGUUUGAGGAUACACCAGUCUCUCCCGACAGCGAGUCACCACAAGUGCCGAAUAUCAUGGUGCUCGGGACAGAAAGCAACAGGGGGGGGCGAUGGUCUAGUAGUGCCUCAAAUUUGUCAAGCUACUCUCAGAGUAGCCAAAGAACAUCGAGCACGGCCACAACAGCGACGACGAAUGAGGACCCAAAUAUCACACGUAUCAAAAUCCUGAUUCUUAAGGCGGCUAUGAACGUCGGAUUCUCUCGGGAUAGUAGCGGGCCGGACGGACAACAUGGUAACAGUGCGGCAUCCCUACAAGCCUUCGUAAAGUCCCUUCCGAGUGGGUCCUUCGGCUCACUAUCAACUCAUGCAACACUCCUGCAAAGCUAUAAGAACCUGGUUGCAGCCGACUCUUCAUUCCGACAAGCCUCAGCCUCUUCGCUGCCCACAAGAGGGAAGCGUGUUCUCGCGGCCGACGUGGCCAAGAGCGUGAGCUGGAUGAUGGCUCACCGCCCUUCAGGCCAAUAUGGGUUCUUGCGUGACUUAUUCAAGCUCGUGUUCGGCUUCCACGUCGAAGAGGCCGAGACCCGGAAGAAUGUGAGUAUUGCUGUAUGA